AUGGAUCUCCUGAAUAACAGAUCAAGUGUUUCUGAAUUUAUCCUGCUGGGACUUUCCAGUUCUCAAGAAAUUCAGUUUUUAUUUUUCACCAUCUUCCUUCUUGUCUAUGUAGCCAUCAUAGUGGGAAAUCUCCUAAUUAUGAUAUCUGUGAUAUUUGAUAACCAUCUUCAUACCCCCAUGUAUUUCUUUUUGGCAAAUUUAUCAUUUUUUGACUUAUGUCUUUCCUCUGCAGCAACUCCCAAAGUGAUUGCAGACUUCCUUAGAAUGAGCAAGACCAUAUCCUUCUGGGGCUGCAUGGCCCAGAUGUUUUUCAUGCACUUCUUUGGGGGUGGUGAGAUGUCUCUCCUGAUAGCGAUGGCCAUUGACAGGUAUGUUGCCAUAUGCAAACCUCUGCACUACAAGAACAUCAUGAAUUACAGGGUGCUCAUUGUGUUUCUAUUGCUUUCAUGGGCACUUGCGUUCAUACAUACCACAAGCCAGAUGGCAUUCACAGUAAAUUUACCGUUCUGUGGUCCCAAAGUUGUGGACAGCAUUUUCUGUGACCUUCCCCUGGUCAUCAAGCUUGCUUGCACCGAGACAUAUAUCCUGGAGCGCCUAGUGAUUGUGGACAGUGGUCUUCUGUCGCUGAUCUGCUUCAUUUUCUUGCUGAUAUCCUACAUUGUCAUGUUAGACACCAUCUGGCAUCACUCCUCCAGGGCAUCCUCCAAGGCUGUGUCCACUCUCUCUGCUCACAUCACAGUAGUAACUCUCUUCUUUGGCCCAAUCACCUUCAUCUAUGCUUUUCCAUUCUACAGUUUCUCUAUGGAUAAAUUUCUUUCAGUGUUUUACUCUAUAAUCACCCCCCUCCUUAAUCCAAUUAUUUAUACUCUGAGGAAUCAGGAAAUGAAGGCAGCCAUUAAGAGACUGUGCAGCCAAAAUAUUGGUCUCUGGCUGACUCAUUAA